UAGACUUCCAUAUAGGUUUUGUAACUACAAAUUGAGCUUCAUUACGCUCUUGGUGAAGUCUCAUCUAUCGGGAACACCACUUGUCCCCCGCUUUCAACCUUGGCUUCAUAAGAUCUACAUACAACAGCCCCUCAGUAUGGGGGGUUCUGGAUGGAAGAGCAGAAUACUGGUGUUCUUUGUCCUUGGCACUAUCAUCACUCUGUAUUGUCCCAUUAACCAGGCAGCGAAUAUAUUAGUUGUCCCCAUUGCUGGAAGUCACUGGAUCAACAUGAGGAUUCUAAUCGAAGAACUGAAGCUUCACGGACACAACAUCACUGUGCUUUAUCAAGCAGGGGCUUGGCACAUCACAGAGAGACCUGACCUGUACAAAUCCAUUGUCAUUCAAGUGCAAGGAACCACUGAGAAGAUCGACGCAGGGGGAAUAAUGCUCCAAAACACACUGCUAGUUGCGCAGCGCGGGUGGGCCUUCUGGGGCAAAGUUAAGUCACAAUUUGAAGCAUUAACCUAUUUUCAAAAUCGUUAUAAGACGAUUUAUAGGUUUAUUGCUGAUAUCUUUGAAAACAAGGGUUUGCUAAAUCAACUUGAAGAGGCAAAUUUUGACCUAGUGCUUACAGAUCCUUUUUUUGGUACAGGUCCAAUGCUUGCGUAUUAUUUAAAACUUCCGCUGGUGUAUAAUGUCCGAUGGCUGGAUAGCGGGGAAGCACAUUCCCUCUUUGCCCCGUCACCACCUUCCUAUGUUCCGAUCUCCAGCUCGCAACUGACCGACAAAAUGUCCUUUCUCCAAAGAACACAAAACGUCGUCCAAAGUCUGAUUCAGCUAUUUGCUUUAGAACUUGUCAUUUACCCCAAUUACAAUGAAAUCUGCCAUCGGUAUCUGGGACCAGACACAGACUUCAAGUCGAUUCUCCUCAGAGCUGACGUGUGGCUGAUGAGGGUGGAUUUUGUGUUUGAAUUCCCAAGACCCACCAUGCCAAACAUUGUGUACAUCGGAGGCUUCCAGUGUAAACCAGCACGGCCUCUGGCAGCAGAGUUUGAGGAGUUUGUCCAAAGCUCAGGGAAACAUGGACUUGUUGUAAUGUCAUUGGGGACCUUUGUCCACUCUUUACCAAUGGAGAUUACAAUGAAAAUAGCAGAAGCUUUAUCUCAAAUCCCCCAGAAGGUUAUCUGGAGAUAUGAUGGUGAGACCCCUCCCAAUAUAGGGAAUAAUACACUGCUGGCAAAAUGGAUCCCUCAGAACGACCUGCUGGGUCACCCCAACACACGAGCCUUUGUUUCACAUGGAGGCACCAAUGGGAUUUAUGAAGCCAUCUACCAUGGGGUGCCAGUGAUCGGCAUGCCUCUGCUCUUUGACCAGUUUGACAAUGUAGUCAGACUUGAAUCCCGAGGAGCAGCAAAAGUGAUCAACAUUGCAACCAUGCACUCCACAGAUCUGUUGCAGGCACUCAACGAGGUGAUAAACGCCGCAUCUUAUGGGGACAACAUGAAGAGACUCUCCGUUCUCCAUCGGGACCAGCCAGAGUCGCCAAUGGAGAGAGCCGUUUUCUGGGUUGAGUACGUUGCCCGACACAAAGGAGCGGGGCAUUUGCGCUCAGAAUCCCACCGACUCUCCUGGUACGCUUACUAUUGUGUAGAUGUGAUGAUCUUCCUGUUGUCUGUGUUACUCCUGCUCACUGUGUUAGUGGUUGGAACAGUGAAGAUACUUUGUCGUAUUGUUUGUAGCAAAAAGCAAAAGACGGAGUGAGAUGACCCUUUUAGAGUUGGGAAUCGCCCUUUUUAGUUAUUUCACGUUCUUUAAAGCUGGAUUUUCUUGCACAAUGCAUGGAAGCUCUUUCUCACAUGCGCGCAAUUUUCUAAAGAGAUAAAAAAUGUUCAUCCUCAUUAUUUGCUGCACCGGCACUUUGGCUUCCAAUGGCGUGUGCACAAAAACACCCAAGUCCAUUUUGUCCAUCAACAUUCUCCUAUUUCUCUCCAUUUCAAAUAUCUAUAUUACUA